AAAUAAACGCGAAACGCAGAAGAACACAUUAACACAGUACGAAGCUAUCUUCCAGUCUUCUCCAAUUUUGGUUUUCGUUGGUUCCUGAAACUCGUUCAGAGUUGAAGACUUGAAGGUCCUUUCUUUCUGAAUCACAAAACGAUGUCGUGUUGCGUAUCUUGUUGCGCGUCCCUAACAUGCGGACUCUGCAGCUCCGUUGCUUCUGGAAUCUCCCAGAAAUCUGCUAGGAUCGGUUACUGUGGUCUCUUUGGUGCCUCUCUCAUCCUUUCAUGGAUUCUCAGAGAAGUUGGUGCUCCUCUUUUGGAGAAACUCCCCUGGAUAGAUUCUUCUGAUGCUCAGACAAAGGAAUGGUAUCAAAUACAAGCAGUUCUUCGAGUGAGCUUGGGGAAUUGCUUAUUUUUUAGUAUUCUAGCGCUUAUAAUGAUUGGUGUGAAGGACCAGAAUGAUAGGCGUGAUUCCUGGCACCAUGGUGGAUGGACUGUGAAAAUGGUGAUAUGGCUUUUGCUCGUGAUUCUUUCAUUUUUCCUUCCAGAUGUCAUAAUAUUAGCAUAUGGGUUUAUAUCUAAAUUUGGGGCUGGCUUUUUCUUAUUGAUCCAAGUGAUUCUCUUACUUGACUUUACACACACUUGGAAUGAUGCAUGGGUUGCAAAAGAUGAGCAGAAAUGGUACAUUGCUUUACUUGCUGUGUCGAUCACAUGCUAUAUUGGAGCCUAUGUACUAUCAGGAAUUCUUUUCAUCUGGUUCGACCCUUCUGGAUAUGAUUGUGGCCUCAAUGUCUUCUUUCUUAUCAUGACCAUGAUCCUUGCAUUUGUAUUUGCAGUAAUUGCUUUACAUCCUCAGGUGAAUGGAAGCUUGCUGCCUGCAUCUGUGAUUUCCCUUUACUGUGCCUAUGUGUGCUACACGGGUCUUUCUAGUGAACCUCAUGACUAUGAAUGCAAUGGUCUUAACAAGUCCAGAGCUGUCAGCACAGGCACCCUUGUUCUUGGCAUGCUAACAACUGUGUUAUCCGUCUUGUAUUCUGCUGUUCGUGCUGGAUCUUCAACUGCACUUUUAGCAUCUCCACCAUCUUCACCAAAAUCUGGUGGGAAUAAACCUCUUCUUGAAGCAGAACUUGAAGAAGGAAAAUCAAAGAAGGGAGAGGAGAAGGAAUCAAAGCCAGUUAGUUAUUCCUACUCAUUCUUCCACCUCAUAUUUGCGCUUGCUAGUAUGUACUCUGCCAUGCUUCUCUCUGGGUGGACCAGCACAUCCGACAGCUCCGAUCUCAUUGAUGUUGGCUGGACAUCAGUGUGGGUGCGGAUCGGCACGGAGUGGGCCACUGCUGGAUUGUACAUUUGGACUCUCUUGGCUCCUUUCCUCUUCCCUGAUCGAGAGUUUGCUUAAAACACAAGAAUUACUACUAUGCCUGUGGAUUCUUAUUAUAUGAUAUGUUUGAGUGUGUUGAGUGUUGAUGAAGCGUAAGGUGUGUGUAUAUAUUGUCACCUAUUAAUGUGAAGACAAAAUACACUCUAAGGUCUAUGUGGUACAUAAGGUUCAAUGAAUAAGAGUUCAGGUAGUACUAUUUUUUCAUGGCUCUAAACUAUUUAAUUUGCAUACACGCUCAGUGCUGUAAAAAUAUUAUCUUAUAUAGAUAUUAGUACAUCAAUAAAAUUGUUUAGUUUCUUGUGUGUA